AUGGGCGGACACGGGCGGCCAAGGGAGGACACGGAGGCAACCGGCGGAAACGGAGGAAAAGGAGGCAACAGGACAGGGGCCAGGAGGAAAAGGAGGCACCGGAAGCCACAGGAGGAAGGACAGACCAGGCAGGAAAGGAGGCAAAAGGCGGAAAGGGCGGAACAGGAGGACCGGGCACGGGAGGAAAGGCGGGCAGGAGGCAAAAGGAGCGCCGCGGCGGCAAAGGGAGGAACGGCGGGACAGGCGGCACGCAGCGGCGACGGAGCGGAAGAGGGAGGACCCGGGGAGGCCGCGGGAGGACAGAAGGAGGAAAAAGGAGGACAGGAGGAACAAGAGGCAAAGGACGGGACCAGGAGGCCCCGGCGGGAAGGAGAGGCAAUGGAGGACAAGGAGGACCGGCGGAAACGGAGGAAAGAGGAAAAGGAGGCCAGGAGGACCGGCAGGCCACCGGCGGGCCCCGGCGGACACGGCGGACCAGGUCUGGGAAAGGAGGAAAACAAUGAGGCAGAAGGAGGAACAGGAGGACACGGAGGAAACAGGCAGGAAACGGAGGGACACGGCGGGGACCCAGAGGCCCGGCGGAAGCGGCGGCAAAUGAGGACAGGAGGAAACAGGCGGCAACCGGAGGGCCAGGAGGAAGGAGGACAGACGGAGGACACGGCGGAAAGGCGGGCACAAGGGUAG